AACCAAGAGGACUGGCGAGCGUCAGUCAGGAGCUUCCCCUCUUCCUGUGUGCUCUGACACGGGAGAGAGAUGGGAUUCUUUAAUAUAGAAAGACUGGAGUCAAAACAAUACCAUACAUUCCAGUCUCCUUAGUAUUACCCUUGAAGAUGGAUUUCAUGUUACUCAUAGCAACAGCUGCAGGAGCUGUAGCCACACUUGCUGCUGCUGCUGUUACCGCAUUGAUAGUAGUAAAAAGUCUAAGUUUUCUAAAGAAGAGAACAAGUAGGAAUGAUGAUAGUAAAAAAAUCAAUUUCAAGACGGAAACAAAUAGGAAACACGGAACACAUAAAGAAUUGGGUGAGAAGGAACAGGAAACCCACGAAGAAGUGAACGAAGAGAAACAAGACAGCCAAACUUUGAGUCCCAAUUCUUGGAGCAACAGCUCAGAAAAGGACGCGGUUCCCACACGGGAGGCUUCAGCACCAGCUCCCCGACGAUUCGGCGGCGGGAUGUCUGUGGUUGGCAUUGACCUCGGCUUUCUCAACUGCUACAUCGCUGUAGCAAGGAGUGGCGGCAUCGAGACCAUCGCCAAUGAGUACAGCGACAGGUGUACCCCGGCCUGUAUAUCUUUGGGAUCAAGAACUCGAGCCAUUGGAAAUGCAGCUAAGAGCCAGAUAGUCACAAAUGUAAGAAAUACAAUUCAUGGCUUCAAAAAGCUUCACGGGCGAUCAUUUGAUGAUCCCAUUGUGCAAACGGAAAGGAUCAGGCUUCCUUAUGAACUGCAGAAGAUGCCUAAUGGAAGUGCAGGAGUUAAGGUGCGGUACCUAGAAGAAGAGAGACCUUUUGCAAUUGAGCAAGUUACUGGAAUGCUGCUGGCUAAACUUAAAGAGACUUCAGAAAAUGCUUUGAAGAAACCAGUAGCAGACUGUGUGAUUUCAAUUCCUAGCUUUUUCACUGAUGCUGAGAGAAGAUCUGUGAUGGCUGCAGCCCAGGUUGCAGGUUUAAAUUGUUUAAGGUUGAUGAAUGAAACUACUGCAGUUGCACUAGCAUAUGGAAUUUAUAAACAGGAUCUUCCCCCACUGGAUGAGAAACCAAGAAAUGUAGUAUUUAUUGAUAUGGGACAUUCUGCCUACCAGGUCUCCGUUUGUGCUUUUAACAAAGGAAAACUUAAAGUCUUGGCUACCACCUUUGAUCCAUAUUUGGGUGGCAGGAACUUUGAUGAGGCUUUAGUAGACUACUUCUGUGAGGAGUUCAAGACCAAAUACAAGAUAAAUGUGAAAGAAAAUUCUCGGGCUUUGUUGCGUUUGUAUCAGGAAUGUGAAAAACUGAAGAAGCUGAUGAGUGCAAAUGCAUCAGAUCUUCCACUGAACAUUGAGUGUUUCAUGAAUGACCUUGAUGUUUCUAGUAAAAUGAACAGGGCUCAGUUUGAACAGUUAUGUGCUUCCCUCUUCUCCAGAGUUGAGCCACCAUUAAAAGCAGUAAUGGAACAAGCUAACUUGCAACGUGAAGACAUAAGUAGUAUAGAAAUUGUAGGGGGAGCAACUCGAAUUCCUGCAGUGAAAGAACAAAUCACUAAAUUCUUUCUUAAAGACAUAAGUACCACAUUAAAUGCUGAUGAAGCUGUUGCAAGAGGAUGUGCAUUACAGUGUGCGAUUCUCUCACCAGCAUUUAAAGUGCGUGAAUUUUCUAUAACAGACCUUGUUCCCUAUUCAAUCACAUUAAGAUGGAAAACCUCUUUUGAAGAUGGAACUGGGGAAUGUGAAGUAUUCUGUAAGAACCAUCCUGCCCCAUUUUCAAAAGUCAUUACUUUCCACAAGAAGGAACCAUUUGAACUAGAAGCAUUUUAUACUAAUUUACAUGAAGUGCCUUAUCCUGAUCCAAGAAUUGGGAGCUUCACUAUUCAGAAUGUUUUUCCUCAGUCUGAUGGUGAUAGUUCCAAAGUGAAGGUUAAAGUUCGUGUUAACAUUCAUGGAAUCUUCAGUGUGGCCAGUGCAUCAGUAAUUGAGAAGCAAAAUGUGGAAGGGGAUCACAGUGAUGCUCCUAUGGAGACAGAAACUUCAUUUAAGAAUGAAAGCAAAGAUGAUGUGGAUAAAAUGCAAGUUGACCAAGAAGAAGGAGGGCAUCAAAAAUGUCAUGCUGAACACACCCCAGAAGAGGAAAUUGAUCAUACAGGAACCAAAACAAAGUCAGCUCCCUCAGACAAACAAGAUCGAUUAAACCAGACUAUUAAAAAAGGAAAAGUCAAGAGUAUUGAUCUGCCUAUUCAGAGUAGCCUGUGUAGACAAUUGGGCCAAGAUCUUCUCAACAGCUACAUUGAAAAUGAGGGGAAAAUGAUAAUGCAAGAUAAAUUAGAGAAAGAAAGAAACGAUGCUAAGAAUGCUGUUGAAGAAUAUGUGUAUGAUUUUAGAGACAAGCUGGGCACGGUCUAUGAAAAAUUCAUCACUCAAGAAGACUUGAAUAAACUGUCUACGAUAUUGGAAGACACAGAAAAUUGGCUUUAUGAAGAAGGAGAAGACCAACCUAAACAAAUUUAUGUGGAUAAGCUUCAAGAACUAAAGAAAUAUGGCCAGCCUAUUCAGAUGAGGUACAUGGAACAUGAGGAGAGACCAAAAGCUUUAAACGACUUGGGAAAAAAGAUUCAACUUGUUAUGAAAGUGAUAGAAGCAUACAGAAACAAGGAUGAAAGAUACGAUCACUUGGAUCCCACUGAAGUGGAAAAAGUUGAAAAAUAUAUCAGCGACGCCAUGAGUUGGCUGAACAGUAAGAUGAAUGCACAAAACAAACUAAGUCUCACUCAAGAUCCUGUGGUGAAAGUUUCAGAAAUAGUUGCAAAGUCAAAGGAACUGGAUAAUUUCUGUAACCCCAUCAUUUACAAGCCCAAACCGAAAGUAGAGGUUGCUGAAGACAAAGCAAAAGCUAAUAGUGAACAUAAUGGACCAAUGGAUGGACAGAGUGGGACUGAAACUAAACCAGAUACAACAAAAGACAGCUCCCAGCAUACUAAAUCUUCUGGAGAGAUGGAAGUGGACUAAGUCUUAAUUUUACCUUCACAUAAUUCAAACAGUGCAAGCAACCACAAGGUCCAUUCUUCCUUUUACAUGUGGUACACACAACAUAUGUUCAGUUGUUCUUAACCACUUUUUGUCAUUUGUUUUUUGGAGUAGUUUUGAAAAGUGUUCUAUAUUGAGUGCACCUCUGUUCAUUUCCAUUGCUGCUUAUGUGAAGCUUUAGCUGCGUAUAGAUUUACAAGUCAGUUUUAGCUUUCUUAAUACAUGUUCUAUCAAACAUGCGAGACUGAUAUGUAUUUGGCAACAAUCUACCUUAUUUAAAGCUUCUACUUGGAUAAACCUCAGCUCCUGUAUUCAGGAGAGGAUACUGUAUUGCACUAUUGUUGCAGAAGCAUAGAUUUAAUUGCAUCAUCAUUUUGAAAAACAUUGAAAUGGAUGUGGUUUGAAGCCACUGAGGCACUGACUUUUUUUCUAGUUAUUGUAGUUACAAUUUAAAUAUUAAAACAGAUGAUCUCAUUGGUGUGCAAUGAGAACUCCAAAGUGUUAUCAUCACAUAAAUGAAAUAAAUCACAUGAUGAAAGGGAAACACAAUUUUUAUGUUACGGUGACACCAGCAGUUUGCAUCUUUUAUUAGUAAUGUGGAUUGAUGUUUUCUGAGAGUAAUUCAGUGUCAUUUUCACUUGAAACUUCUGAUCUACUUGUCCUGAAGACCAGCUGCUGCUAAAGUAAUACUAGCCUAAAGAUAAGAAGCAUUAUUGAUGAAAAUACCUUCAUGUUAAGGGGGAAAUUCUGUUGACCUACUCAGACAUGCAUCUGUGAUGUUGAUAGCCUUGUUUCAGUUUUAAUAGUUAUUUUGGUUUUCUUAAUUGAUUUUGUUAAUAACACAGGGUAGGGAGAAAUGGGCACAAUGUGUAUCGCAUUAUAUACAUUAUCACUGAUUUACUUAAUGUUAAGAAGUAGAUAAACACUAUUAAAUAAGCGGUAAUACUUGAAAAGAAGUACUUCUACCGUAAGUCUUAGAAAAUAAUGCUUGUAAUAAACUUAACUAUGUUACAUAUCAACAGGCAAAAUAUAGAAUGUUACAUAAGUGUAAUAUGAUAUGAUGUGAUUAAAUUAUAGUUCCUGCUGUUACAUUACCUAUUCAGAUGUUGGCUCCAGUUUUGGUGCUUCUUAUAUAUAUUACAUGGGACAAAGGACUGUGAAAUUAAGAUAUUUUAAGGACUUAAUCUGUGCUCCAUCACCAGACUUGUUCACAUUGUUCAGUUCCUCCCAGAGGUUAGAAACUAUUUUAAGUAUAGGAGCAGACUGAAAUGACUUUCCAAACCUACAAGAAGCCUAGACAAUGCCAUGGGCACUGGUGUUUCAUGCCAAUCAACUAGAUUAACCUAAGUUAAAAUUUUGAAAGGCUCACUUUCCCCCAAAGCUAAACCUUUAUAUUAAUACUGACUUUUCUUAAGUAGUAAAAAUUGAGAGUUGAAUAUCUUUAGGGAUAGUCAUUAUUUCUCAGAGAUAGUUCUCUUAAGAGAGAUUUUGUUUCUACAAUGUAGUCUGCACUGAAAAGGAAAGUAUGGAGUAGUGCAUUUUGCAGGGAUUUUUAUUCAUCCUUUUUGAGGGAGAUGUCCCUUUUUUGCAUUAAAAAAAUCAUAUAGACCCAACAUAUUUUUAAUGUCUUCUAGUCUUCAAAAUUGUCUUAAUACUCUAAAGGUGAACUAAUUAUACCCAUUAAUAAUGAAGUACUUUUUUUCUUUAAAGAAGUUACUUUUCCUUUAUAGGUUAAAUAUGUAGGUUCAUUUCAGGAAAAGCAUCAAAGAUAGGAAGGAAUAUUUCAACAGUAGACAUUAGGGAGUUUAUAGCUUUUUCUUGAGUUACAAGAAAAUCUCCAGGAACUUCAUUAGGAGCUAUAUGGCCCCGUAACUUCUUGUAGACAAAUGAGGAAAUAGCCCUUCUGCACCUGAGUUGUCUAAUUAUACUUGAUAUUUUCUGUUCCUUCUUUUCAGUUCAUGUAGCUCUGUUUUAGUCAGAUAUUUAACAUUCUAAUUCUUGCAGUUAUAUAACACUUUACUUAACAAAGAUGAUAUGUAUAACUUUUCCUACUCAUUCAACUUAAAUAUUUUCAAAAGCCCUUUAACCUUAUGAUGUGGUUAUUUAUCAAGUAUAUUAAUAAAGGAAAAUAUGUUCUCCUUAAUACAGUUUUGGGUAGAAGGCAUGGUUCAGUUUAAUUUUAAUCACUGAAAUAUGUUCAGUACUAGACAAAAUUUUUUUCAGAAUAAAAGGCCACUAUUUUAGAAGUUAUUUUAAAAGACAUAAAAAAUUAGAAUGUUUUCCUAUAAUCAAAUAUGAACUAAGUAUGUAGAAAAUACCUAGGAUGAUUAAUACAUAUAGAUUAGUACACUCUGGAAAAGUGUAAAUUGGUUUCAGAAUCCAACUCCUGAUAGUCCAUAAUACUGUGAUCUUAAAAACAAAAAUUGCUUAAAUAAGAAAGUUUGUGAUGUUUCAGUUCCUUAGCAGUAUACAGAAUUCUUAAGUUUUAAACAACUAGAAACAGCACACCAAAGAAUUGGGCUUUUGGAAUAAACAGAUCAUCUGUGUUUAAGAGUAUAAAUAAUUAGACUUUUAUUAAGGAAUAAAGAUUUCUUAGAGUUACUUGGCCAAUUUUUAGUAUAUUUAUGAUUAUUUCCUAGAUAGAAGUCUAUAUUAAAGUGAAUUUGGGGGCUCAGUUUUCAAUAUAAUAAGUGUUAAAGCAUUUUAUCCAAAUUAGCACAUCUUGAACUGUUUUGAGAAAUUAUCAUCUUUUAAAGACAAUAGGCAUUCAAAUACAGUAAACCAAUUAGCUGACUUAAUUUUGACCUGAAAUAGAUAGAACCAUUCCUCCAUUUUCAUAAAUUUGAUUUUUAAUAAUAAACCUAUAAACCUUCCCAUUAGAAUUUUUUUUAAAUAGCUGAUAUUUGGUAGUUUACAACAAAUGAAACCCUGGCAUUGAUCUUACAUACAGAAGUAAUUCUUAAAGACAAGAAAAAUAUAAUUUUACCUAACAUUUUAUAGUUUUACAACCAAUAACUGCAGUUCUAAGGUAAAUGUUAUUUUGUGGUUAAAACUUUGGAAGUUUUAGGUGGAAUCUGCCUUUGUGAUAUUUGAUCCUACAAAAUUAAUGAUAAGCAUAGUUUAAUUUUAUCAGUAUUUAAAAUCUGUAAAAUCUGAUGGCACUGAUUAAAGUGAGCCACUGAGAACUUUUCAAAUGACAUAGGUAGUAGCGAUGCUUAUAAAGUGUGAUUCUAAUAUUUUAUUAUCCUCUUACUCUACAGUGGUUUUUAACUAUCGUUUAGCAAACUAAUCUUGAAGCAGUCAAUUUCAGAAGACACUUUUUUUGAUCAAAAAAGAAAAAUGUUUAUAGUUACCUUUUGUUUUUUGUCAAGGUCUUAUUUAAUCUAAGGUCUUACCAUUUUAAAGUUCCCAGGAAGCAUAUAAUUUUUCCUUUCAAUAAUGUAACAAAACUUUAAUGCAGAUGAAAAAGACCAAACGAAACUCUUAACCAAAACAAACAAAAAACUUCAGCUGUUUUGCUUCCAAUCUCUAAUUUAAAAAAAUACUAAAAUUAAUGUUCUUCCAUAUAUUCCUGUUUCCCAAGAAAACAGCAGCUUUGAGUUUAUAAAACAGAUGUCUAAAUUCUUUUCUUGCUAAAUUCAAGGGUAUUUGUUUCACACAAAAAGGGGCACCUGGAAUUCUUAGAAUAUGAAACUGAAACUGCUUGGAAGACAACUUAAAUCUCUCUGGCAGUGGUCAAGUAUCUAUUAGGUGGUAAUUGUUCUUUCAUCUUCCAGAUCCCUAAGGACACGUCCUCUAGCAUAUUAUUAGAGUGGGUACCAAAAGAAAAUGUGUAUAUUAAAAUAUAUUACUAAAUGACUAGGAACAUUCAAAUCAAAGAAGAAAAUAAUUGAAUCAGGAACAUUUGAUUCCAUCAAGCAGGUCAAAAUCCAUAACCAUAAUAAAAAUUAACCCUAUCAUCUUUGCUUUGGAAUCUAUUACUGUCAUGUUCUAAGUUACAGGAUUGACUUAUCAAGGAAGUAAACUGAUACUUACAUCCUUUAUAGAGAUAAGUGAAAUUCAGUAUGUUUUACUUUUAUAGUGUAUAAACUUAUAGAUGGAAAUGAUCUUAUUAUUCCUGGUUAAUCUUGUUUAUCUUUUCAUUCAGUUCUAAGCUCUGAAAUAAUGUUUUUCUCAAGCACAUUUUUUUUUUAUGUUAGAUUCAUUAGGUGCUUUAUUUCAUGGAUUUUUAAAAAUAGUUUCACUGCUAUCCUAUCACUUCGAUAGCUAAUUUUAUUACCUUUGUCCCAUUUAAAUACCAAAUCUUACUGUGAAGAAUGCUUUGACUCUUAAAUUCAUACUUGAAGAGCCGUGUUUUAAGUUUCCAUAUAUAAAUAUCUCUAAAAUUUAAUAAUGGCUUCUAGAUUUUUCAUGUUUUGGCCUUAGAAUGCUUUUAAGUAGAAUACUUUUUAAAGUACUUCUGGAUCAAAAGAGGUCAGUUUUGUGAAUUACUGUGUAUUAAGAAACCCAGCAUUCUUUAUUUUUAAUACAAAUAUCAGUGUGAAAAAAUAACAAGGUUCAGAAAUUCAAAAUAGUUGUUAAAGGGUUAGCCACCUUCCAUUCUUUGUUUUCUGAUUUACAUACAUGUGCUGUGCAUCUUUGUUUUCUUAGAAUUUCCUAAAUUUUUUACUUCCAAGACCUUGAGUAAAAUCCUCUUGAAAUCAUAUGGAUCAAACCAAAAUAAGAUGUUAAAAUGUCAUUAGAGAUAGGGAAAUCAAGGUAAUGCAAGGUACUGCUUUAAAGUAUUGUAUUUUUGUCCCUGAAAUAAAAUUUUAUGGCUUAGUGUUUUAGAAAGAGACUUACAUUACAAGUGGUUACCUUUUAUACUUGGUAGGAUGAAGUCAUUGUUUAAUACUACAGUAUAUAGAAGCAGUUUUUUAAAAUGAUAUUAUCAUUGUUUUAGUUCUAACAAUAUGGCAUCCAAGUCAUUUUUCUUUUCUUCAACCGUUAUUAAAAUAAUUUCUGUA